AGCGAGGGGCGGGCCCGGCGCGGCUGCCCGGCCGGCUGCUGGAGGCCCCGGGCCGGGCCCGCGCCGCGAUGGCCCUGGUGACCCUUCAGCGCUCUCCCACGCCCAGCGCCGCGUCGUCCUCCGCAAGCAACAGCGAGUUGGAGGCUGGCAGCGAUGAAGAGCGGAAGUUGAACCUCAGCUUGAGCGAGAGCUUUUUCAUGGUGAAAGGAGCUGCCCUCUUCCUACAGCAGGGAAACAGCCCCCAGGGCCAGCGGAGUCUUCAGCACCCUCACAAGCAUGCAGGUGAUCUGCCUCAGCACCUUCAAGUGAUGAUCAACCUCCUGCGUUGUGAAGACAGAAUCAAGCUGGCUGUGCGCCUAGAGAGUGUCUGGACCGACCGUGUCCGCUACAUGGUCGUGGUGUACACCAGCGGGCGCCAGGACACCGAGGAGAAUAUUCUGCUGGGAGUUGAUUUUUCCAGUAAGGAGAGCAAAAGCUGCACGAUCGGAAUGGUUCUUCGACUCUGGAGCGACACCAAGAUUCACCUGGAUGGGGACGGCGGUUUCAGUGUGAGCACAGCGGGCAGGAUGCACAUAUUCAAGCCAGUGUCUGUCCAGGCCAUGUGGUCUGCCCUGCAAGUGCUUCACAAGGCCUGCGAAGUGGCCCGGAGGCAUAACUACUUCCCAGGGGGAGUAGCGCUCAUCUGGGCCACCUAUUAUGAGAGCUGCAUCAGCUCGGAGCAGAGCUGCAUCAAUGAGUGGAAUGCCAUGCAGGACCUGGAGUCCACGCGGCCGGACUCCCCCGCUCUGUUUGUGGACAAGCCAACCGAGGGCGAAAGAACUGAGCGCCUCAUUAAAGCCAAACUCCGGAGCAUCAUGAUGAGCCAGGACCUUGAAAAUGUGACUUCUAAGGAAAUCCGAAAUGAGCUGGAGAAGCAAAUGAACUGCAACCUGAAGGAGUUUAAGGAAUUCAUCGAUAACGAGAUGCUGCUCAUCCUGGGCCAGAUGGACAAGCCCUCCCUCAUCUUUGACCAUCUUUAUCUUGGCUCCGAGUGGAAUGCAUCCAAUCUGGAGGAGCUGCAGGGCUCAGGUGUUGACUACAUUUUAAAUGUCACUAGAGAAAUAGACAAUUUUUUCCCUGGAUUGUUUGCGUACCAUAACAUCCGCGUGUACGAUGAGGAGACCACAGACCUUCUUGCCCACUGGAAUGAAGCUUAUCAUUUCAUAAACAAAGCGAAAAGGAAUCAUUCCAAGUGCCUGGUCCAUUGCAAGAUGGGCGUCAGCCGAUCUGCGUCCACGGUCAUCGCCUACGCCAUGAAGGAGUUCGACUGGCCCCUGGAGAAAGCCUAUAACUAUGUGAAGCAGAAACGUAGUAUCGCUCGGCCCAACGCAGGCUUUAUGAGGCAGCUGUCUGAGUACGAAGGCAUCCUGGAUGCAAGCAAACAGAGGCAUAACAAACUAUGGCGCCAGCAGCCGGCAGAUGACACCAUCGCAGAGCCCAGUGAGUUCUUGCCAGAGACCUUGGACGGCGCCCUGGACACUCAGCUGCCCUGUUUGGAUGAUACCACCCACCCUGGGCUCCCGAGAAGCCUGGCCCCAGGAGGACCCGCUCUCCCCUGUUGUUUCCGAAGACUCUCAGACCCCCUCCUCCUUCCCCACCAUGAUGAUACGGGUGGCCUGGUCCAAUUAGAGGAUCUUGAGAAGGAUGCUCUGUUAGAGGAGGAGGAGUCUCAGCCAGUGGAGGUGCACAAGCUGGUUCAGCAUCCCCAGGAAGGUGCCAGGCUGUGUGAAAAGGACGUAAAGAGAAAACUGGAGUUUGGGAGCUCCAAAGCCCGCAGUGACUCCUUGCCUCAGGUGGAGGAGCUGGAGAAGGACGGUGGCCCAAGAACAGGGAGGUGGAGGCGGGCCUCCACCCAGCUCGAUAGAAGCUUGCUCGACCAGGAAAACCUAAAUAACAACAACAGCAAGAGGAGCUGUCCCGAUGACUUUGAGCCCGAUGCCAUGUUUGGAAUUCUCAGCAAAGUGAAGCCUCCCUACACAUCCUGUGCUGACUGCAUGUACCCCACAGCUGGUGGGACUCCCGAGGCCUACAUGGAGCAACACAAAGACUCCAGCUCCUCUGCUAUCUGCACCCAGCCAACCUUCCUCCCCCACGUCACGUCUUCCCCAAUGGCCCACACGAGCAGCAGGUCCCGAGCUCAGGAGAGGCCGGCCUCUGGUCCAGCCAACACCUCUCCAUUCCUACUACCAGCAGGCUCCAGGAAGCCAGAUGUUAGUGGCUCUGGAGCCGGGGCUACCCCGGAACCACCAGCAAGCCUUCUAGAGCCUUCCAGAGAGACCUCAAAAGCCCUUCCAAAAUCUCUCCAGUUGAAGAAUCCUCACUGUGACAAGAGCGCGGCCAAUAUGGAGGUGUCGGCGAAGGAAGAACCAUCGCCUAAGAAAGAUCCCAAGCCGGCUAAGGACCUGAGGCUUCUGUUCAGUAAUGAGGCGGAGAAGCCCACCACCAACAGCUACCUGAUGCAGCAUCAGGAGUCCAUCAUCCAACUGCAGAAGGCAGGCCUGGUCCGAAAGCACACCAAAGAGCUGGAGAGGUUGAAGAGCCUGCCUUCAGACUCACCAGCUGCCUGCAGGGACAGCGCCACCUGCAGGCUGGAGGCCAGCAUCCCGGAGGAGGGUAGCCAGGAGCCCGCACACCCAGCCCUGUGCAGCCAAGCUGGGUCCGAAGAACAGCCUGUAGGGGGAACCUUGCAGAAGAGCCCCACGUCUACCCUUCCCCGCCUAGAUCACACCAGUAACUUCUCGAAGGACUUCCUGAAGACCGUGUGUUACACCCCCACCUCCUCCUCCAUCAGCUCCAACCUGACCCGGAGCUCCAGCAGCGACAGCAUCCACAGCGUCCGAGGGAAGCCGGGGCUGGUGAAGCAGCGGGCGCAGGAGAUCGAGACGCGGCUGCGCCUGGCAGGCCUCACCGUGUCGUCUCCGCUGAAACGGUCCCAUUCCCUCGCCAAGCUGGGAAGUCUCAACUUCUCCACGGAGGACCUGUCCAGCGAGGCUGACACGUCCACCAUCGCUGACUCGCAGGACGCCAAGUGCGGUCUCUCGGCUUCCUUCUUGCCCGAACCCCAGUCUGCGCCAAGGGACCCUGCUGCAACCUCUAAAUCAUCAGGGAAAUCUGCCCCAGAACACUUGAAAAGUCCGUCAAGGGUAAACAAAAGCUGACUAGCUUUUGGCCCUGUAAGGUUUUCAUCAUGUCCUGAUCUACUCUCGUGUCUUGAUUUGUGUUAAUGACUUCAGUCUUCUGGGCUUUCCCCACUUAGAUCCCGUGAGGGGGGACACCCGGGUGUAGGACCUGGGCAACCUGGAAACUGUCAGCCAGGAGUCACAUUCAGAUAUGUACACGCAAGCCGGGACUUCGUCUUGGUUGUUAAGAGUGUGUGCCUGACAUGCACCAGGCCCUCGGUUUUGAUGCCCAGCACCCCGUAAAACCAGGCACGGUUGCACACGCGUACGGAAAUUACAACAUUGGAGGUGCAGGCAGAAGGAUUAGGAGUUCAAAGUCAUCUUCAGCUACAUGGUGAGUUUUAGGCCAGCCUGGUGGAGAGAAAAAGAAAAUGUGUGCGGACAUACAAAAUACUCGGUUUGCAACAUGUCAAGGAACCACAUUGGCGAGGUCACUGCAGCCCACGAUCCCGGCUCAUUCCCGUCCUCGAGAGAGAAUCCUCAGAGGGCAACACAAGGCCUACCUCUCUGCUCACUGUGCAUUUUUGUUUAUAAAACGGUAAUGACCAAGGCUCGUUCUGAGAACAAUGCUAUGUCCAGAAGGGAUUUUCCAAGAGAAUUGUGGGGGGUUUUGGGUUUGGGUUUUUUGUUUUGUUUUGUUGAGGGUGGGGACCCGCAGAAAUGUCAAGACUUUGAACCUGAUUGUCCCAAGAACAGCUAGGUGAUAUCAACAGAGGAAAGCACUUAGGGAGAGUGGCCCCGUCUAACCCUCCAUCCUGGUGGGGUUGGGUCCUCAGCUGCUGGCUUCACUUCAAGCUUAUGUCACCCAGUCACAGAGAAGGCACUGCGAGCCUCAUCUGCUGCUAAAGGAGGUUGUGGGUCUGGGCUGUGGAUCAUCGUGCUGUGACCACAUUGUAACCCUCCAGGAUGGCUCAUUAGGAACCCUCUCCACAUUUGCUGAGAGGAAAGACAGGUCAGGGUUAGCAACGGAUACUUUGUUACAAGUCCCUCCGGAGGAGCCAGUCUGAGAGGAGAGAGUCUAUUGAAAAGCUUCACUGAUGUUUACAAGAGUCCCUUCCCGUGGAGAGAAUAGAAUACUGCUUCCUUGUCUCCUCCAGCUCCCCCUUGCUGUAAUGAUGGGACAUAGGAGGCUUGGCCACAGCACAGGUGUGAGUGCAGGUUAGCUCAAUGAAGCAGGAGACCUGGGCUCUGGGUUCAUAUCAUGGGUCUCGACUGGUGCCCAUCAUGAAAAGGGUGCUUAAGGACUUUUUUUUCCUUAAGGAUUUUGAAGAGAGACAAGCAGAGAGGCAGACCAGCAGAAAGCCUUGACUUGGUAUUUAGCCAAUGAUGGUGCACAGCCCCGUGAGGUCACAGAUCCCUUUGGGCUCUGUUAAGGUGUUUGGGUUUGGGUUUUUUGAGACAGGGUCUCACCAUGUACCUCUGCUGUCUUGGAACUUUCUCUGCAGACCAAGUAGGCCUCAGACUCAGCAGAGAUGCAUCUGCCUCUGUCUCUCAAGGGUUUAGUUUGGGUGUUUUGGUUUUUGAAGUAGACUCUCAUCCUGUAGUUCAAGCUGGCUUCAAACUCACAGCAGUCCUCCUGCCUCAGCCUCCCAAAUGCUGAGAUUACAGAUAUAAUCCCAUCAUGCCUCAGGCUUGGUUGUUUACAUUUUGAAGGGUAAAUGGCGCAGGCUUGUGAUCUACUCAGGAGGGUGAGGCAGGUCCACCAUGAGUUAAAGGCCAGUCUGGGCCACAAAGUGAGAUUCUACCUCAGAAGUAGUAACCUUGCCAGAGAUGGUGUUACCUGCUUCAGAUGUCUGCUGGGGGCCCUCGCAGAAAGCUUGCUGAUGCCCCAAGGCUGCUUGUAACACUGCAGGAAGACUGGGCUCCUAUUUGAAGGCUGCCUUUGCUCCCUCCCACACUCCAAACUUGCCAGCCUACCCCUUUACCUCUUGAGCAGAUGGAGUCCUUGUGGAGAUGACCACAGCUCCUUCCUGCAAUUGGCUGGCUCAGCCAGACGGCUCAGUGAGACCACAAAGUCUUCAAGGAUAUGUUCUGGAAGUAUGUGUCUGGGGGUCCUCCCACACUGGUUAGAACCAACGGAGUCCGGAUGGUUUGGAGGUUGCAGCCAGGUCCCUUGGCACAGCCUGGGGUUCGGGCAAGAAGGAGAGAGAGAGACCACCAUUCCUGGUGAAUGCUCUGGGCGGCUUCAGGACCUGGGCCAGUUCUCUCUUCAUUCGUCUGGGGUCUUUGUGACCUCUGUCUCAGAAUAUUUCUCCCUAGCAUGAAUUUUUUAAAAAAUACAUGUAUGUUAUUUUAUAGGGAUUUAUUUUCCCACUACUGUCAAUACCAGUCACCUUAAAAAGUGAUCAUCCUCUUAUUCCUGAAACCAUGUGGGCUUCUUCCACUCUUCCCUCAGCCAACAAAAGCAAAAAAAAAAAAAAAAAAAAAAAGGCCAAGUUUAA